GGGAUAUUUGAAAUUAAACAGGCCAGGAUCGCAGCGGCUGAGGAGAACAGCGUCGUCCUCUCUGGGAAUGAAAGUAUAUAUUUUAAUGAUUAUUCUCGAAAUUAAACACCACACACGGCUGGUUCAGCGAAUGGUAGCGGGUUAUUAACACGGCGAGGGGGAAAUCAUCGCGUUUCUGUCGGAUUUGAGGAGGAUAUUUCGUGUGGAAUCGGCUGAAGGAGAAUAUGGAAACCGCUGCAAGAACCAAAUCGAGCAAAGACCUGAAGAUUAACCGACCUGAUAAUGAGAAGGUUUCUGCAGGCGGACCCAAGAGAGUCCCGGUGACCCAGAGCGGUCAGAAGCCCGUGUCGACGCGUGUUCUCAGCACGGCUCCGGGGCCGCAGCGCGUUCAGCGUCCCGUGAAUCAGCAGAAACCCAUCGGACUCCCAGUUUCUGUGAAAACCAUGUGUCCAGGAGAUCAGGACGUCAAUCCAGAUCAACUCAGAACCGCAACACACACCAAACCACAGCCAAAGUCGCUUGCUGUAGCUGAGCCUACGAAAAGUUCUGUACCCAGCAAACCGGACAAACCUCAGCAAUCUCCUUCCACUGGAACAUCCAAUAUGGCCAAGAAAGCGUGGAGUUUAGAGAAUUUCGACAUUGGCCGAGCUCUGGGCAAAGGCAAGUUUGGGAGUGUUUAUCUGGCCAGGGAACGUCAGACCAAGUUCAUCCUGGCACUCAAAGUUCUCUUCAAAAAGCAGCUGGAGAAAGCCGGAGUGGAGCACCAGCUGCGGAGGGAGGUGGAGAUCCAGUCACAUCUCAGACAUCCUAAUAUCCUGCGUCUCUACGGUUAUUUCCACGACACGGCGCGCGUUUAUCUCAUCCUGGAGUUCGCUCCUAAAGGAGAGCUGUAUGGAGAGCUCCAGCGCUGCGGGACCUUCGACGACCAGAGAAGUGCCACGUAUGUAAUGGAGCUCGCAGACGCUCUGAGCUACUGUCACUCCAAGAAUGUGAUUCACAGAGACAUCAAACCUGAAAAUCUGCUUCUGGGGUCCAAUGGAGAACUGAAGAUCGCAGACUUUGGCUGGUCUGUCCACACACCCUCCUCCAGGAGGUCGACGCUGUGUGGUACGCUGGACUACCUUCCUCCAGAGAUGAUUUCCAUGAAGAUAUUUUUCUGUCUGAUGUCAAUGUGUCUAUAUUAUGCAUCUUACGUCGUGUACCAUCUCUCUGAUUCUCUCCAGGUUGAGUUUACGUACCCUGCUCAUGUGAGCGAGGGCAGCCGAGACCUGAUAAACCGCUUGCUGAAACACAACCCCAUGCACCGUCUCCCUAUCCAGGGUGUCAUGGUGCACCCGUGGGUGCUGGAGAACUCCUGUAAGAAACCAACCACGCAGACUGCAGCCAACAACUAGGACCGAAUCCAUUCUUCAGACCUCAACUUGUGGAACAAAACAGACUGAUGUGUCCGUAAUUCAUCUUGCUGAUCUUUUCUGCCUCUCUUCGGCAUGACUUUCAGUUGUAUGUUGUUUUUACGUGUUGUGCUGUUCACACGCUACAAUUUACAUGCAUUUGUAAAUAUGUAAUUAAGCCACAUUGUAAAGUUUUAACCAUUACUUGAAACAAUAAAUGUUUUUAUUAUUACUUAUAA